GCGGGCUCGGCUGAGCUCCACGCGGCUCAGGAUAGCUGUGACCGCUGGCCCGGCAGUGUGGAUGCUCGGCGCACAGCGCUGCCACCGCGAGCCAAUCCCACCACCUCGAAUCGGGUCAUCCAGACUGUCCUAGUCCCACACGGACAUUCCAGUCGCGGACGAGGUGCACAGCCAACACCGAGCCCUCCCUUUCUGUCCUCUUGGGCUCAGACCCUUCACCAUCAUCACUCAGCCAUGGCUCCAGGUCCUGCUCGGAUCAGCUUGGGGUCCCAGCUACUGCCCAUGGUGCCGCUGCUCUUGCUGCUGCGGAGUGUAGGCUGUGGCCACAGAGGCCCCUCAUGGUCCUCACUGCCCUCUGCAGCUGAAGGUCUGCAGGGGGACAGGGAACCCCAGCAGUUACCCGGGGACGCAGCAGCCGCUCUGGGACCAGGCGCCCAGGACAUGGUCGCUGUCCACAUGCUUAGGCUCUAUGAGAAGUACAACCGAAGAGGUGUUCCACCAGGAGGAGGCAACACUGUCCGAAGCUUCCGUGCCAGGCUGGAAGUGAUCGACCAGAAGCCCGUGUAUUUCUUCAACCUGACUUCCAUGCAAGACUCAGAAAUGAUCCUCACAGCCACCUUCCACUUCUACUCGGAACCUCCACGGUGGCCCCGGGCUCGAGAGGCACUCUGCAAGCCCCGAGCUAAGAAUGCAUCCUGCCGCCUCCUGACCCCAGGUCUGCCUGCACGCUUGCACCUUAUCUUCCGCAGUCUCUCACAGAACACCGCCACUCAGGGGCUGCUCCGCGGGGCCAUGGCCCUGACACCUCCACCACGUGGCCUGUGGCAGGCCAAGGAUAUCUCUUCAAUCAUCAAGGCUGCACGAAGGGAUGGAGAACUGCUUCUCUCUGCUCAGCUGGAUUCUGGAGAGAAGGACCCCGGAGUGCCACAGCCCAGUUUCCACAUGCCCUAUAUCCUUGUCUAUGCCAAUGACCUGGCCAUUUCGGAGCCCAACAGUGUAGCAGUGACGCUACAGAGAUACGACCCAUUUCCAGCUGGAGACUUCGAGCCUGGAGCAGCCCCCAACAGCUCAGCUGAUCCCCGCGUGCGCAGAGCGGCUCAGGUGUCUAAACCCUUGCAAGACAAUGAACUGCCAGGGCUGGACGAAAGACCAGCGCCUGCCCUGCAUGCCCAGCAUUUCCACAAGCACGAGUUCUGGUCCAGUCCUUUCCGGGCACUGAAACCCCGCGCCGGACGCAAAGACCGCAAGAAGAAGGACCAGGAUACAUUCACCGCCUCCUCGCAGGUACUGGACUUUGAUGAGAAGACGAUGCAGAAAGCCAGGAGGCGGCAGUGGGAUGAGCCACGGGUCUGCUCCAGGAGGUACCUGAAGGUGGAUUUUGCAGACAUCGGGUGGAAUGAAUGGAUCAUCUCACCUAAAUCCUUUGAUGCCUACUACUGCGCUGGGGCCUGCGAAUUCCCCAUGCCCAAGAUUGUCCGCCCAUCCAACCAUGCCACUAUCCAGAGCAUUGUCAGAGCUGUGGGGAUUGUCCCUGGCAUCCCAGAGCCAUGCUGUGUUCCAGACAAGAUGAACUCUCUUGGAGUCCUUUUCCUGGAUGAGAAUCGGAAUGUGGUUCUGAAGGUGUACCCCAAUAUGUCCGUAGAGACCUGUGCCUGUCGGUAAGAUGGCUUCAAGACAGAAGGCAGACCUGCUUCAUCCUUGCCCUGCAGAGUGGCAGUCUUGGAGCCAGGACUUGACUCGGGGAAGUUCCAGGUGCUAGACAGAGCUUAUAGGCAGCCCCGCUGGGACCAAGAAAGAUCUGCCCACCAUGCCACAAACAAAUUCUUCCAUUCUUUCUUGCUAGUGAUAGCUCUGUAAAGACUUUUUGAGUUCCUGGAAGGAAUCUGGAAUUAACUGUGGUCUGCAAUUUGCCCAUCAUCCCUGCCCACAUUUUUCAAGGCUUAGAAAUAGCAUGCAUCCACAAAUGUCAACUCCAGACAUUUGUCCUCUCAAAACCUGGAAAGACUAUGCAAAUCUUGGGGCAGUCCCUAGCUAUGGCAGUUUAAAUGCUUAUCUUAAAACCUUAGGGCUGCAUACUAAACACAGGACCUAAACCAUGGCAUGAAUGGGCAUUCCCUCUUACAUUUCACUACACACACUUUUAUACAUGCAAUAUGCACAUGUAAUCAAGAUUGAUUUCCUCUUUUAAUAUAUGUAUUUUUAUUUCAAAGCAAAACAGAGAGUUGACCCCAUCCCCCACAGAGGUAAUAGUACAAGUUAGGUAUGGGUUGUUUAAACAUGCAUAUGGAAAUAAUGCAUACAGUAAUAUGUUGGAAUACUAAAAAAAUAACCAAGAUUUUAUAUUUUUGUAAAUUAUACUUUGUAUACUGUAGAUUGUGAGUGUUCUGUGUUUUUAUGGAAAGCUAAUAAAUUAAAGGUACAGUGGUAUCUGGAAAAACUGAAUGUCA